AUGGCUCCUGGAAACAUGACCCGGGUCACUGAAUUCAUCCUCAUAGGGGUGUCUGAUCACCCAGAGCUGCAGCUUCCCCUCUUUUUCAUCUUUGUGGUCAUCUACGGGCUGACUGUGGUGGGGAACCUGGCUAUCAUCACCCUCACAAGUGUGGACUCCCAACUGCAAACCCCCAUGUACUUCUUCCUCCGACACCUGGCCAUCAUCAACCUCGGCAACUCCACUGUCAUCGCCCCUAAAAUGCUGAGCAGCUUUGUAGCAAACAAGAAAACCAUCUCAUACUAUGUUUGUGCUGCCCAGCUGGGGGGAUUUUUGGUUUUCAUUGUGGCCGAGAUCUUCAUGCUGGCCGUGAUGGCCUAUGACCGCUAUGUGGCCAUCUGCAAGCCCCUGCUCUACAUGGUGGUGGUGUGUCCAAGGGUCUGCCUGCUGCUGGUGUCUCUCACCUACCUCUAUGGCAUUUUCACAGCUAUUCUGGUUUCAUCUUGUGUAUUCUCUGUGUCCUACUGCUCUUCUAAUGUCAUCAACCACUUUUACUGUGAUAAUGUUCCUCUGUUAGCAUUGUCCUGCUCUGAUACUUACUUUGCAGAAACUGUGGUCUUCAUAUCUGCAGCAACAAAUUUGUUUUUUUCCAUGGCUGUAGUUAUACUGUCCUAUUUCAACAUUAUCCUGUCUAUUCUAAGGAUACAGUCAUCAGAAGGGAGGAAGAAAGCCUUUUCCACCUGUGGCUCACAUAUGACAGCUGUCACAGUUUUCUAUGGGACACUGCUAUUCAUGUAUCUCCAGCCCAGGUCCAAGCACUCUCUUCACACUGAUAAACUGGCUUCCGUGUUCUACACCCUAGUGAUCCCUAUGCUGAAUCCUGUGAUCUACAGCCUGCGGAAUAAGGAUGUGAAGGCCGCCUUCCAGCGCUUUGUGAAAAAUCCAUGUGGUUCCUGUAAAUGA